AUGCUUCACUUCCGACCACCAUCUCGGUGUUUGCACCGGUCAUGUCGUGUCUUAGCGGACCGUGUUGGACCUCCCCACCCCAUCUCCAACAUGCGCCCUGUAGUCUAUGAUGACGACGAGCCAACCUCUGCGCCUCGGGCUUAUCAUCCAUAUUCUCUUCACGAGUUUGACCCCACACCCAACACAAGUCCACACAAAUUGCAUUGGAAGCUGUUGAGGCAACAAAACGACCAGUUUCAUCAUGAAUUCUGGAUCGAAAGCAACACUCGCUUUGAACGAGGGAAAAUUGCGGCCUUGGCAGCCCUACCAUCCACCGCGACCGCUCUCGAUAAGGAACGAGCUCUGUCCGCCUUCUACAAACAAUGGGUUACACAGGAGGAACCUCGAAUCACUCGUUAUACUGAAGAAUGGCGACAGCGUAAUUCAGCUGCUCUCAGCGUAGCCUUCCGUGCAGAAUACCAGAAGCUGACUUCCCGCGUUUUGAAAUUAUUCAACAACUUUUAA